AUGAACGAUGAGCUAAAAGUUGUCAAAAUUUUAGAAAGGGAUAGAUAUAUCGGCAUCAGAUCACGUUCUGAUAUGUUGAGAAAACAAACAUAUUUUAUUAAUUGCCCAAUUAUGGGUAUCCAGUAUCAAACACCAGACUUUAUUAAAGCAGGGGGAUCACCUAUCAAUCUCUUACCAGCUUUUGUAAAGAUUACCAAUGAAUUGCCAAAUACUACAUCAAUAGUACCAAGUGUCCCUACUUCCUCACGAGAGAUCAGUCAAAAUGCUACUGGGCAGUCAAUUACAACAAUUCUGAAAUCUCAAGCUCAAAACUAUCUUUUAGCUGCAGCUUUUGCAUUUGGCGGAUGUUUAUUCAUUUAUCUAUGCUGGUUUUUCUAUCAUAAAUUUGCAACAUGGAUUAUAUCAGCUAAAAGUGCAGAAAUUCCUAGAUUAUUUGAGCAUGAUAGCAAAAAUAAGACUCCCGUCGUUGGUAAGCCUCUCUCUCAUAUAUAUAUCAAUCCCCAUCACCAAGAUCCUCCUAGAUUAUUACAGUUAACCGUGAACCGACAAUUAGUAGGUUCAAGCCAAAGCAGCGCUAAAUCCGAAGAAGAGUUAUAUGGCUAUCCCGAUCCGGAUCUAGAAAAAUUAAACAUCUACUUGGUAAUAAAUCAAGUUAAAAUGAAGAAAGUUGCUAACUAUAUGGCAUGUAUUCAACUUGAUGAUGGCUAA